AAAUAAUCUACAAGCACUUCCUCAAAGGAAAAAAAAAAAAAAUUCACACACACAUACACAGAUGCCACCACAAGUUGCGACUCACAGCAUUUCAGAGCCGAGCGAAGUAACUGCUGGGAAUAACCCGAACAGGAGGCGCACCACGGACACAAACUCAUCAGGCCUUUCUUCUUUAAAAACAUAUUUCACUGAGGAUCUUUCUUUUCUGUCUGGAUCAACAAUUUUAAAAUAAAUGUAAUGAACUUUAUGGUCCUACGAUCUAGUUUACCACAUAGACUCAGCAGGAUUGAGGAAUAAAGUGAUGCUUUUUUAUACUGAGACGCACUUUUGAGACAGUGCGUCUCAGUAAUGAGAAGACCACGAAAUCUCUAAGACGUAUAAACUCCUCCAGUUUAUAGUCUUUCACCUAAACCUUCCUGGUGGAUUACGACCUGAAUGUUAAAAGCGUGUAAUUUUCACAGUAUGCUGCUGGAUGUCCAGUAAGGAGCGCACCGAUGCCCAUAGGAGAAAAAAAGCAAACAUCAGCCCUGAUUGUCUAAACAGGUGAAGUGCUGGAUGUUGACAGACUGUAUUAACAGCUGUCAAACCCUCGGGAUCCUCCUUCACCCCGGGCUCUGCUCAGGUCUCUACUGCGCAUGUCAGAGUGCUGGACAGCUCCAGAGAGGGAAAUUUAAAAACGGUUUUUUGGAGGAACCAGGUCCAACACAGUGGGAUACAGUACAAGGGCUCAGGACCAGCUCUCAUAAUCUUCAAUACAAACCAAAACAGAAAAAGGCUACAGCAUAUCCCAGGAAAUGAUAGAAGGUGGAAUAACCUGCAGGAUGUCAGGAAUAGUUGACAAUGCUGGGCAUCAUCCGUCACCACAGGACUACAGGCUUCUGACCACGGACCCCUCCCAGCUGAGAGUGGAGGACCUCCCUGGGGACCUGCAGUCCCUGUCAUGGCUCACCUCGGUGGAUGUACCCCGACUACAGCAGAUGGCUGAUAGCAGAGGCCACAGCAACGGGCCCUCCCAGGGCAGCCUGCUGGAGCAACAGACAGCUCAGUUGAAUAGCAUGACGAUACCAGUGAGUCAGAGCUCCAUGCUGCACCUUCAGAGUAACAUGCAGCACAGCCCUCUGGGAAUAAGUAUAAUCAACACCCACAGUGGAAGUAUGUCUCCUUUCUCCAUGAAUGGACUGCCAUCUCCAGGCUAUCAGUGCCCUACCUCAGUGUACCAGCCUGCAUCCCAGCAGGUGUACUCUCUAACCCAAACUGGACAACAGUGCUCAGCUGGUGGACUUUAUAGCAAUGUUUCUUUCAACAACCAAAGUCUGUUCACACAACCUCGUCUGGCCCCACAAGAACAGGAGCCGCAGCCCAAGUCUUUCCCCAAGCCAAUCUACUCCUACAGCUGUUUGAUUGCCAUGGCUUUAAAGAACAGCAAAACAGGCAGCCUCCCAGUCAGUGAGAUCUAUAGCUUUAUGAAGGAACACUUUCCAUAUUUUAAGACUGCACCUGAUGGAUGGAAGAAUUCAGUCAGACACAACCUGUCUUUAAAUAAAUGCUUUGAGAAGGUGGAGAACAAGACUAGCAGUUCUUCCCGUAAAGGCUGCCUGUGGGCACUGAACCCUGCCAAAAUUGACAAGAUGGAGGAAGAGAUGCAGAAGUGGAAACGCAAGGAUCUUCCAGCUAUUCGCCGCAGCAUGGCUAACCCAGAUGAGCUAGACAAACUCAUCACCGACCGCCCAGAAAACUGCAGACGGAAGCCUCUAGAGCCCAGCAUGACCCACCUGACAGGCUGUACAACUGGUCUCUCGCUGCCGGUUCCGGCCCAGAUGCAGUCUCAACCCAUAGUCACCCUGUCUCUCCCGUGUUUGCCCAUGCAUCAGCACCACCAGCUUCAAGCUCAGCUCCAGGUUCAUGCUCAACUGGGACCCAUGUCUCCUGCCCCUGCCCAGACGCCUCCUCUUCACACAGUCCCUGACCUUUCCCACAGUCCGCUCACCCAGCAACCCAGCAAGCCUCCUGAUGAUUUUUACAGUGUCCAGAGCGACACAAACACAGAGGUGGAUGCACUGGACCCGAGCAUCAUGGACUUUGCCUUUCAAGGGAACCUGUGGGAAGAAAUGAAAGAUGACAGCUUUAACCUGGAUGCUUUGGGCACCUUCAGUAACUCCCCUCUGCGACUAUCAGACUGUGACUUGGGAUCGGCGAGCCUCCCUCCGUCCUCCAGCGGAGUAAGCGUGCCGCUGUCAGAUGUCCAAGUGACGGGGCUGUACACCUCAUACACCUCACAGGAUACCCUAUCCUCUCAGUACAUGGGCAGCCAACCCAAUAGCAAACCCAUUGCCCUGCUUUAAAGAAGCCAAACUGUUUCCUAAAAGCUAAAAAAUUAUUCACUCUGGGUUCCUUCCCCUUUCAUUCGGACGACAGUUGAAGAAGUUUAAUUCCCUUCAAAGAGGUGAAAGUUCUACAUAAAUGGUGACUAGAAGAAAAAACAAAUGUCAGUUCCAAAAUCUUUAGUUUGGCCAAGCAAAGACUGAAAACCUGUAUAAGUACAAAGACUGUGUGGAGAACUGCAUGUAAGUUAGCUCUUACCUGUUCCUCUGUUGUUCUCCUUUCUGUUAUGUAGCUCAAAAACUCUUGUCUGUUGUAUUGUGCUAGACUUCAUUGCUGUGAUGUUUUAUUUAUAUUUAUAAAAGACAGCUGGAGAAGG